CUUCUGGAUUGCCACAGCAGAAGGGAAUCUCUGUGAAAUGUGUAAACAAGGGAGUUUUUUCUCUUCCUGGAAACUUGUUCAUUUCACUUUCGUUUCCUCCCAGAGGCAAGAGAGCAAAAGGCAAAGGAUCCAGAUUAAGAAUGGCUGAUAUUAAAUCCCGAUUGACCAAAGAGGAGAAGAAAGGGCUGCUACAUUUAUUGGGAAACAAAGACUUAUGCCUUUUGUAUAAGGGAAGUGUUCAUGGGUACACUGCAAAUGUAUUUCAUGGCAUCUGCAACCGACAAGGCCCAACUGUAGUUGUGGCAUACAAUUCUAGUGGUUAUAUUUUUGGAGGUUUUACUGUACACAGUUAUGCUUCCUCUGGAGCAUAUUUAAAUGAUGAAAAGGCUUUCCUCUUCAAAUUGAAGGGGAAAGAUGGAAAGCUUUGCCCACUAAAAAUCCCAGUCAAAGAUGCCAGUAAGGCUAUAUAUGAUCAUAGUGGAUAUGGUCCUUACUUUGGGGGUGGAUCUCUGAUAUUUCUUUCACAAAACAGUGCUGCAGUAGCCACAAAUGUUAAUGCUGGGUCCUACGUAUUUGGAGCAGAAGACCUUCAUGGAAAUGACCAGGUCCUUUUAGAAUGUGAAGUAUUUCGAGUAGAAGAUGUUGGUGAGAUGAUGGAAAAACCAUGGAGGACGGUUAUCUGGGCAGCUGAGGAAAGAAGAAAACUGAUGAAUCAGAUAGCAGCUUUCAAGCCUCAUUUGAAUUCAGUGCCACAGUUUCGGGUUCUGUUCCUAGGGCCGGUUGGAGCGGGGAAAUCCAGCUUUUUCAACUCUGUGAAGUCCAUUUUUCGGGGCUAUGUGACAAGCCAAGCUAUAGCAGGUUCAGAUUCUACCAGUGUCACUAUGCAGUACAGGACCUAUCAAAUUAAAAAUGAAGGCAAUGGAAAGCCAUUACCUAUCAUUUUCUGUGACACCAUGGGACUAGAAGAGAGGCAAGGAGUUGGACUGGCCAUCGAUGAAGUGCCUAACUUAUUACAAGGACAUGUUCCUGACAGAUAUCAGUUUAAUCCAUCUGCUGCUAUGCAGCGAAAUUCACUCGGCUAUGUCAAAUGUCCAUCUCUGAAGGACCAGGUCCAUUGUGUGGUUUUUGUCAUUGAUGGAUCCAAGAUUGAGAUCCUUCCUGAUAAUCUGGGAGAAAAGCUAAGAGAAAUUCGACGAAAAAGUAACAAGUUUGGUGUGCCACAACUUGUAAUACUUACCAAAGUGGAUGAAAUUUGCCCAUCUCUUGAAGAAAAUGUUUCAGAUGUGUACAGAAGCAGAACUGUUGAGAAACAGAUGCAGUUAACAGCAGAAAGAUUGGGCCUCCCCUUGUGUCAAAUAGUUCCUGUUAAAAAUUACUCUUCAGAGCUGGACCUUAAAGAUAAUGUUGAUAUUCUGAUAUUGAUGGCAGUGAGACAGAUGCUGCGCUUAGCGGAAAGCUACCUAGAUGAUUUCCCUUUGGAAAAAAACUCUACAGUGGAUAUUUAUUCUGAUUCUUGAUAUACUUACUGAAGACAGUUCAACUCUAUUUUUUUAGAUUUUUAAUAGAAGUAAUCAAGUUGAUUCUGCUUGUGAAUAAUUGAAUGACUGCAUAUUAAAGACUGAAUUAUAUCCUUAAGAGAUAAACAAGUCUGGUUGCAGAAAAGAAAAGCCAGAGAAGGAGAGAUAUCCUUAAGAGAUACAGUGUUCAAAUCUCACUUUCUUAUUUGGAAGAACACUGUUGCAAAAAAUAAAAAUGGUCUACGAAAGCUCAA